AUGGAUUCAGCGAGUGCGGAGAACGUCGGGCAGAUGGUGGUCGACAACAACGCCCGCAUGGAUCGCCAAGACGAACAGAUCGGAGCUUCGGGUCGGGCUAUCCAGGCUCUGGUAGCGCAGGUGUCUGAGCUCACCUCUCAAAUACAACGUCUGAGGGGUCCCGCUGUGCCAGCACCGCCCCCGCCUGUUCCCCUUGCACCUCCCAACGUCAAUCGUCCUGAGCCGCGCAUUCCCACGCCAGAGAGGUAUUCGGGUGAACCUAAUUUGUGCAGAGCUUUCUUAACUAAAUGCUCAAUCUUCUUCUCUCUCCAGCCUGUGACAUUUUUUUCGGAGGAGAGUAAAGUGGCACUUGUAAUGACGUUGCUAUCUGGACGCGCGGCUCAGUGGGGAACAGCGGUGUGGCAAAACCAACACGAGUGCUGCUCCUCGUUCCAAGCACUCGAGCAGGAGAUGAAGCGCGUGUUCGACCGCGCGGUGGCCGGACGUGAGGCGGCUCGUCAAUUGGCCGAUCUUCGUCAGAACAACAGUUCCGUGUCCGAUUAUUCCAUCCAGUUUCGAACAUUGGCCGCCGAGUGCAAAUGGAACGAGGAGGCACAGUGGGACCUAUUCCUGCAUGGGCUGGCUGACCGUGUUCAACGUGAAAUCUACACUGUGGAACUACCGAAGACUCUUGAUGGACUGAUUGAACUGGCACUACGUGUCGAUGCUCGUUUACAACAAGGAACGAAGCGUCAGUUCCAAGUUCCUUUGGUCGACGGAGGAGACUUUUCCGGUCUCAGAGGCACGAGCACGGUCAGCCCCUCGAACGAUCCUGAGCCCAUGCAGGAGGAGCCGGUGAAUCUGUCUAACGUGCCACCGGAGUAUCUCGACCUGAAGGAAGUGUUCAAAAGGGAGGCUAUGGAGAAAUAUAUUUCUGAUUCUCUGGCAGCGGGGUUCAUUCGUCCUUCCUCUUCUCCAGCGGGGUCGGGAUUCUUUUUCGUGGGGAAGAAGGAUGGGUCGUUGCGACCUUGUAUUGAUUACCGGGGGUUGAACAACAUUACGGUAAAGAAUACUUAUCCUUUACCGUUGAUGGCUUCAGCCUUCGAGAGGUUGCAAGGAGCAUCCAUCUUCACGAAAUUGGAUUUACGUAAUGCUUAUCAUUUGGUUCGCAUCAGGAAGGGGGAUGAAUGGAAGACCGCGUUUAACACCCCCAGGGGGCACUUUGAAUAUUUGGUUAUGCCGUUCGGGCUUUCCAACUCCCCAGCCGUCUUCCAGGCACUCGUCAAUGACGUGUUGAGAGACAUGGUAGACCAGUUCAUAUAUGUUUACCUGGAUGACAUAUUGAUCUUUUCUUCGUCUCUCCAGGAACACGGUCAACACGUCAGGCGAGUGCUUCAGAGGCUGCUAGAGAAUGGGCUUUUUGUCAAGGCGGAGAAAUGCGCGUUUCAUGCACAGUCUGUUCCUUUUUUAGGGUACAUCAUUUCGUCUGAGGGAGUGCGGAUGGACCCUGAGAAGGUGAAGGCUGUGGUGGAGUGGCCAAGCCCAGAUUCCCGUAAGGCCCUACAGAGGUUUCUGGGGUUCGCCAACUUCUACCGGCGUUUCAUUCGCAACUUCAGCCAACUAGCCGCGCCUCUGACUGCCUUGACCUCCCCCAGAACGGCGUUCAGGUGGUCAAACACAGCUGAGGCUGUGUUUGCCAAACUGAAGGGCCGCUUCGUUUCAGCCCCUAUCCUCAUAGCCCCUGAUUCAUCACGCCAGUUUGUGGUGGAGGUCGACGCGUCAGAGGUGGGGGUAGGAGCAGUGCUGUCGCAACGUUCUCCCACAGACGACAAGAUGCAUCCCUGCGCGUUUUUUUCCCAUCGUUUAUCUCCCGCCGAGUGUAACUAUGACAUUGGUAACCGAGAGUUGUUGGCGGUCAAGUUAGCGUUGGAGGAAUGGCGUCAUUGGUUAGAGGGGUCGGGGGUACCUUUUAUCGUCUGGACCGAUCACAAGAACUUAGAAUACAUUAGAACUGCCAAAAGAUUGAACUCCAGGCAGGCUCGGUGGGCACUUUUUUUCGGACGUUUUGAUUUUGUUCUCUCGUACCGCCCGGGUUCCAAAAACAUCAAACCCGACUCUUUAUCUCGUAUUUUUGACCGCUCCGAACGCCCGUCUACUCCCGAGUGCAUUUUUCCCGAGACCCUAAUUGUCUCCACACUCACAUGGGAGGUCGAAUCGAAGGUCAAGUCGGCCUUAGAAGGGGUAACGCCUCCGCCCGGGUGUCCACCGAACCGAUUAUUUGUGCCGGAGGGAUUACGGUCUGACGUCAUUCAGUGGGGGCAUUGUUCCAACGUGGCUUGUCAUCCAGGAGUCAAUCGCACUAGUUUCUUAGUCAAGCAACGAUUCUGGUGGCCUCGCAUGGCUCGUGACGAGCUGGUGUUUAUCAAGAAGAGCACACUGGAAUGGACGAUGGGAGGCCUGAAGAAGAGAGUCUUGCAUCUGUCCCAAGCCCCAUGCAAUCUAAUGUUGAUGACCACGGCUGUACAUCUAAAAACUUUGCCUCUGUUGGAACACAAUGGGAAGACCACAUCUUCAGGGAGCAUUGCUAUAGCAAGAGACAGCACAGUGUAA